AUGAAUUCAGAAGCUUCAAUACGAACCAUAAGUGUAAAAUAUACAGUUGUGUUUUGUGUUAUCAUUGGUUUCUUAUUUUUAUUUUCACAAAUCCUUGACAAUUUAUUCUAUGAUUAUACUAUUAUAGAAACAGAAAUUGUCUUCAUUAAAAGAGUUGGUAUAUUUAAUGACUAAUGAUAGAUUAAACUAAUAAUUAAAUGAUUAUAGAAUUAAAUGAAGUUACUGAAUAGAGUAAUUCAUUGGUUCUUACUUUAUAAAAUAACAUGUAAAGCACAAUAGAGCAGAUUUAUAAAAAAAUCAAUUAUUAAGUAAAUGAAGAAGAAGAUUAUACUUUGUAAUAAUUUAAUAAUCAAUAUCGAUAAUCAUUCAAUCUAAUAUCAGAGUCAAUAUUUUUAAAAAAUAAAAUGAAUAAUUCUAUGGAUUCAAUUUAUCUAUUAAAUAUAAAGAAGACCGUUAAUACAGAUUUUGCAGGAGUAGGUAUUUAAUUUUUACUUAUUAUAUAGAUAUCUCAAUUUAUUCAGAUUAUGGUACAAACUUUUUUGAUUUAUCACAAUCUAUCACAUUAAACAAUUUUUGGAAUGAAGAAUUGUAAUUAAAUUUGAAAAACAAAAUUGUAACUAAAUUUAUAGAAGGAUUGAAUUAUAUACUGCUUGUAUUAUAUGAUUAUACAACAUAUGAUUAAUAAAUUGCCUUAUUAAAAGAUAAUGAUUUAGAAAUUAUACAUACAUCAAAGCAUUAGAUUUAAAAUAUUGCAACAAUAAAUUAUAAUAUCAUAUUUCAUUAUUAAUAUGAUAGGGAUAUAUAUUUAUAUGAACGUAUUUAAUUUAUUAUUAUUUAAGUGUAGUUAAUUCAUAGAAGAUAAGCAAAAUUUUAUAAUACUAAAAUAAUAAUAUCUUAUAUUUUUAAGUGAUUAAAUUGUUUUUCUUUAAUGAAAACACAAUCGGUGUAUUUUACUUAGAGUAAAAUUAAUUAUUAGCAUUAGAAUUACAAACGAUAAAUAUAAAAUAAUAGGAGUAGCUUUAAAUGAAUAUAAAAAUGUAUUUUUAAACAUAGAUAUAACUGAAGAAAUGAUAAAUUUUGAUUAGAUUUAAUAAAUAGAAUUACUUCAUGAUUAUAAUAUGGAACAAAAUGUAUUAGUAGUAUCUUACAGUAAAAAAUAUUUAUACUAUUUAAAAAUAAAACCUUUUAUGUUUACCACAUAAUUUGAUUAAUGGAACCCAAAAAAACUAAAACUAAAUAUUCUUGAAUAAGAAAGAGAAAUAUUUAAAAAGAUUAUUUAUGAUCAUUAAGAUCAAAUAAUAUAUAUAGUAUAAUUAUUUUAUUUACAACUAGUUAUCAGAAAGCACUUAAUCAAAAUUUAAAAUGCAUUUAGUGGAUCUUACCAAUUUAGAUGAUAAAUCAAAUAAAAUUGAUACUAUGAAAUUAAGAAUGCCAUAUUUUAAAUAUGGAAUCUAAGCUAUAGAUUUUCUCAUAUAAAAGAAUUAAAUUAAUAAUAAUGUUAUCCUUUUCUUGUUAAAAAAUGGAGAUGUUGCCUGUAUUUAGCCGUUAUAGUAUGGAGAGGGAGUUUUAAAGAAAACUUUCAUAAUAGAAUUGUUAGAUAUUGUGUUAACUCUAUCAUUUAUUGGAUUCUUUAGGUAUCUAAAGCGCUUAUUAUAAAAAAUAUAUUCAAAAAUAAUAUCUUGUUGUAGAAGAAUUUGA